AUGGACAGCUUUUUUGAAUAUGCAUUGAAAUCCCAUAUACUGUUGUCAGAAGGCUAUCCGCCGGAAUUUAACGCUUCUGGACCGUUCCAUGAAUACGAUAACUACUUCUUGCCACUACCAUAUCAGGCCCACUCACCAGAUAGCUUUCUCAAAGUCUGGGAGGAAUCGUUCGAAGCGAUAAAAACCAACCUAUACAGAGGCUCAAGCUACCAAUAUCCUCACUACAUACAGGGCGACAUUACCACUGGGGCCACCCGCGCACUUUGGAUGGAUAGUUUGAGUGCGUACUUCCCCGGUCUUCUCACUCUAGCAGGUAACGUUGAAGAAGCUGCUGAGACUCACCUUCUUAAUACUGCACUCUGGACUCGUUUCUCGGCCCUUCCGGAGCGUUGGAAUGUUGCAACGGGAGACAUAGAGGGCGGACUUGAGUGGUGGGGUGGCCGUCCCGAAUUCAUCGAAUCCACGUAUUAUCUGUAUAGGGCAACCGAAGACCCCUGGUAUCUUUAUGUGGGUGAGAUGGUUCUGCGUGAUAUCAAAAGGCGAUGCUGGACCAAAUGCGGCUGGGCUGGUCUCCAGAAUGUCAGAAGAGGAGAUCAGAGCGAUAGGAUGGAAAGCUUCUUCCUCGGGGAGACGUCCAAAUACCUGUAUCUCCUUUUCGAGCCAUCCCAUCCUUUGAACAAGAUCGACUCACCAUACGUCUACAGUACGGAAGGACAUCCGCUUGUCCUUCCAGCAAAGGCGAAGCAGACUACUCCGCCUCGUCUCCAACAGGAGUGGAAGCAACAUAAGAAUGCCUCAGUAGGCACAUGUGGGCCGCCAGCAGUGCGGAACCCCUUCGGUGUAUCUUCCACCGCUGCCCGGCCGGAUAUUUUCCAUGCAGCAAGCUUGGCGCGUCUACGUCUAACGCCUCCAAAAACACAACCUGAAUCUCCCAUCGUUGAGUUUUCGGUUGAUGGUCCUAGUGUUACACUUUCUGACUUGGGUUCUCCAUCGAAUUAUACAUAUUUCCCUUGGACUCUUCCCCCCUCAUUGGUACCUCGAGAUGCUGUCAGUUCGCCGAUGGCUGUGCGGCCGACUUUGGAUCUGACGUUUCCUCCUCUUUCCAGUACGAUUCAAGGGCCUCCAAGCUUAGAACGUGUUGAAGGUGGGAUUCUAAUUAAAUCCUUUGGAGGUCUACGGCUGGGUAUGAUUCAAGAUGCUCCUCUGUAUUCAGGCAAUACCAUUUCCUCCAAGGAAGGGUUCCGUAUACAAGUGGUUAGCAAUAUCCCCCUAGGCAAGAACGAGAAGGUUUUCGUUUCCCGCGAGACCACGAGUGCAUUGAGUCCAACCGAUCCCAAUUUUACACAAACCCCUGACACUAUCAUGAUGGACAUAAUCAUUGAUGUCAAGCCAGACAUCGUCUACCGGAACAACUCUUCCUCAUCCGCCGCGUCUCUUACUGACCAAGGCACAGUUGUCAGUGGUGGUCCCGUUCUUGACUCCUCUACAGCAAAGGCAGAUGACCAUGCAGGUAAACCCGAGAGUCACAAAUCAGCUCUCUCUUCGCUCCUUAGUCAUGUAACAGCCCUUAUACGUGAUGAGCUCCAGCAUCUCCCAUCGGUAACACCGCCGAUAUUCCGCCGUCCAAUAGCCCGGUUUUCAAUACCGGCCAUUUCCUCCACUGGGAUAGGCUCAGCUCCAUUACCGGGCGAGGAAGAUGCAACAUUCACGCCUCCGUCACCCGGUUCCAAACACGCAAUGACCCGCCUCUCUUGGUCCAGUAUCUACCUUGCGGGCCACCUGUGUGAUAAACGCCUUCCGCCGUCUAUCCCCCAGACACACCAAAUAAUAGUAGUGAAGCGAGGAGAUUGUACCUUUUCUGACAAACUGAGAAACAUACCUUCCUUCCGGCCCUCUCGUUCGUCUCUGCAACUUGUCGUUGUUGUCUCAUACCCCCAACCCGGAGAAAAGCGACGCCAGUCUGCAGCAGAUGAGGAGUCAUCCUUGAUUCGACCAUUGCUAGAUGAAAUGCAGACUGUGGUCGGGGGCUUCCCUCGACCUCGUCCAAUAAGCAUGGUAAUGGUCGGGGGCGGAGAAAAAACCUAUGAAUACUUCAACCAUGCGUUGGGAGUAGGGAUCCGACGGAGAUAUGAGAUCCAGUCGCAGGGCAUACCAAUCAGCAAUCUAAUUGUCAUAUAG